AUGGAGAAGGCAUAUUAUAAUUUCACGACCUUGCAAACUUCCAUUCAUGAUUUUGUUCUAUCUUCAAGAUUAUGUCCGAAAUACUCUCCCAAUUUUAAUGGCAACUGCCGCAACGCCGACGACUAUUCUUCUCAUGUGGAAGAUGCUUACGGUCCACGGAGCAGUACCAGGAACUCACACCAAGUGCUAGGAGUACCAGCAUGUUCUCUACAUGUAUGA